AACAACCCUAAGCCCUUGGGCCUUGGUCCGGUUGGUAUAGAGAGAGCGUGUGAUUUUAAUGGCGCGAGUGUGUGUGUCUCUCACAUUCCCGCGCGCGCUCCAUUUCGCGAUUCAGCGUCACUCUCAUUCGUCGCUCUCUGGAAACUCUCUUCACUCUAAAAUUUACAGUUACCGGGGAAGGGAUCGAUCGGUGAUUGGUAGUGUUAGGGCUUUUCAUUCGUCUUCUGCUAAACCCAUGAGUUGGUGCGACGACGUUCAGGAACCACGUCUUCUCGUCGCGCCCGAUCCUGGUUCAGAUGGAAAUGGUCUGGGACAGAUGAUUUUGCUCCGCCAUCCUAAAUCUGGAAAUGCAACACAAUAUCUGUUUGUAAAUGGAAUGCUUCAAGAACUUCAGUGGUUUAAGAACUUGUAUGGAUCUUGGUUUUUGGGAGAUUAUGUAAGUGAAGAUGGUCGGCUGUAUUUAUCCACGCCAAUUGAUCCUGUAUUCAUCAUGUUGCCCAUAUUUGAGGAAGCUAGAAUGAAGAAAGGGGAUGAUCUUGGGAGGUUCAGGCAAUUGGAUGAAAUCUUGUUUAUUGAUGGGUAUCCAGACUAUAUGCAGUUAAUGUCUGUUGUGGAGAACUGUAUGCAAGUAGUUUCUGAAGUCAAAGAAGUUGGAUCCUCAAAAUUCUUCAGACUUGAUGACUCAAAGGUUAUGCGUUGGCUGUGCUAUAAGGUUUGUCAGCUAAAACAGACACUACCCAAAUUGGACAAAAACUAUGCUGUUCAAUCAGAGAAAGACACAUUAAUUGAUGCGGUCUCUAUAUUAGGAGAGUAUUUGAAGGAAGAGCCUUGGUUGCAGCUUUUGUGUAUCCAUCUUAAGUUAAAUAUACUUGAGGUUACUGGAAAAGCACAAGUAAAUGGUGAAGGAAAUAACAAAGCUUUAUGUGAAGAAUUUCAGGAACAGAAGGAUGGUAAAAAGGCUACAACUGCAAAGAAAGGUAGACAAGCAAAGAAGGUAAAAUUAGAGACAGAAUCACAUAACAUCAAAGACAUGUUUUCGAGGGCCUCCCGAAGGAAAAGCUAAAUUAUUCCAUUCCCAUUGGUGGAAAGGGGUCAUUGUCAUACUGUAUCAUUUUCUAAACCUGCAAGUAGUGGAUAAGCACUGAGUCAGCUCAUGGUUUGCACCGUCCGAUUUAGACUAUUUAUUUCGAGAUUCUAUUAUCAAAUUUUAUUUCACUCGCAGUACAUAUUUAUCUAUUUAAUAUACUUAUUCCUUACCUUUUUAAGCCCUUAUCUGAUC